AUGAAGUUUUUACUUUUUGUUUCCUUCGUUGUGACUCUAUCCUAUGCACAAAAAAGCUUAGCAUUUUGUGAUGAGUACAUAGAAUUUGAUAUCUCAUUUUAUGGGAAAUUUAUUUCUAAUGUAAAACUUUCAAACACAACAGAUGCUAUUCUUGCUGAUUACAGAAUUAUGAUCAUUGAUAAUGAACUUAAUGUAUUAAGCUCAAUUUCUAUUCCUAAAACGAACAACUCUACUUGUAGUUGGAUUUUUACUCCCAUUUCAGGAUAUUUUUUCAUUGGUUGUCAAAAGGGUGCAGACUCUCCAUACUUAAUUGCAUACAAAAGCAUAAAUGAGACUCACUAUUCGCAAUUUGGGGAUAUUGUGUAAUUCCCCAUUGUUAAUUCAACUGUGAUAAAAAUAACAGGGUCGGAUAAUACAUUAUUUACAGUUGAAACUACAAAAGUCACAUUAUUUACAUUAGUUAUGUCAGCAGCAGAUUGGAGUAUUAAAACUACUUAGAAUGUGCUUGAUAAAAAUUAUUUCAGUCGAACAUCUGAAAUUAAUAUUACUGAUAUAACUUUUUUGCCAUAUGUUUAAGACAGCAUGAAAUACCUUAAAAUUAUGGUUACGGAAUUCAAUGUUGGUUCUUUUUGGAUCGAUGCUCUUGUGAAAAAUAACAUUGUAUCCCCAUUUAGAACUGGUAACAUUUUCCCCAAUCUCUCAUGGACUAAGUAUUAAUCCGUGACGAUUCAUUCAACUACUUCAAAUGUUUCAAUGAUCUCAAUGACUUACUAUACUACAUAAAAUAGUCCUAUGUCCUAUAAAGUAGUAGUUAAUUCAGUUGCUUCAACAAGUUUAACUACAAAUUUUCUUUACACAUAAAGCGGUUGGCAACAUUAAAUAGCUGUUCUCAAAUCUGGAAAUGUAGAAGCAAUUAUGUAUAGGAACCCUUUAAAACAGACCAUAUUAUAUAUCUAUAUAUGUAGUAAUAGCUCCAGCCACAUCCGUAAAUUAAGAUGA